AUGGAUUCAACACCACCUUCAUUCGCGGUAUUGUUUCCCUUGCUCUUUUUAACCAUGACAAAUUUCUUAGCAUUGCCUAAUUCCGCCACGAGGAUUGCCUCCACCAUGAAACCUCGACGCCUACAUGCUAAACUUUUUCACUACAACUCCAUUUUCUCUCCAACCUACAACCCUGCUGAUACAGUAGCAGAUCAUGCAACCUACAUGGUGCAAAAUUCAGCUGCUCGUCUUGCCUACAUACGAUCAAAAGUUAGGACGAGUUUAGCCAGCAGUAACGAUGUUCAAACCCAUCUUGACAUCGAUAGAGGAAUCUUUCUUGUGAAAUUUUCUAUAGGGCAGCCCCCUGUUCCCCAGCUUGCUGUGAUGGAUACUGGCAGCACGCUCUUGUGGGUUGAAUGCAAGCGUUGCAUGAGCACAAACGACUGUUUCGAUCCUUCCAAGUCCUCCUCAUAUGCAACUACGUCAUGCGAAGAUGCAAAGUGUGACUCUUUGCCUCGCAAAAGCUGCGAUACUGAUUCAAAUCAGUGCAAGUUUUCGAUAGCAUAUGAAAACCUCUUUUCAACUGACGGAGUUCUUUCGACCGACCAAUUUACCUUCGAGACAUUUGAUGAGGGCAGCGUUGUGGUGCCUAAUGUGAGUUUCGGCUGUAGCACUACUGGAGCCAUAAGAGGGAGGAAAUUCAAUGGGAUUUUCGGACUUGGUGAUUCUCCAACAUCUCUAGUCACCAAGCUGGGAAACAAGUUUUCCUAUUGCAUUGGAAACAUGAACGAUCAGGAGUAUAGGUACAAUAGGUUAGUUAUUGGUGAUGGGGCAGACAUUGAAGGUUAUUCAACGCCUUUCGAAAUGUACAGGGGCCUUUACUAUGUUACCCUUGAAGGUGCAAGUAUGGGGGACUUAAGACUUCAAUUUGAUCCCAAUGUAUUUAAGAGGACUCCCCAGGGCUCUGGUGGAAUGAUAAUCGACUCUGGAGCAGAGUUGAGUUAUAUACCGGAAACCGAGUACAGUGAACUAUACGGCAACAUCCGUCUCUUACUAGAUGGGUUCCUGCAACGAGUUAUAUAUGAAACAGAGCGCUGGUCAUUGUGUUACAAUGGAAGUGUGAAUCGAGAUCUUGUCGGAUUUCCCGCUGUGACAUUUCAUUUGGCAGAGGGAGCUGAUUUGGUUUUGGAUACAGGAAGCUUGUUCUAUUAUAAAGAACCACAAGUAUUUUGCUUGGCUAUCCAUCCAGUUAGAUCCUUUGACAUUCCUGAACCUGAUAUCCUCUCUAUAAUUGGAAUAAGGGCACAACAGAAUUACAAUGUGGCUUAUGAUCUUACCGGCCAAAAGUUAUAUCUGCAAAGGAUGGAUUGCCAACUUCUUGAUGAUUGA